AAACGCAAGUCCUGCUGGGAAAAAGGGGGUCAGAGUCGAAUAGUACGGAUCCGUAAUGGAGCGCUGGGGAUCUUAAUCACACUCUCGUUCGUAUAUAACCGCCUGUGGAUGUGAGUUUCAGCCCCGGGGUUUGGGUUUAGCCCGGGAGCUCGCGCUUUAGGGAGAGAUAGAGAGAGCAGCAGUUCCGGGAUUCUGUGCUAAAGCUGCUCGACCAGUCUCGGGUUGUUGUCGAGCAUCAAAGCAUCCAGAGGACAACACACUCACUCACACACACACACACACGGACGCGGAGCAGCAGUGAGGGGUAACUUAAGCGAGGCAGGGCAGUGAGAGUGUGAGUGAGCGAGGCGCCUUUCUGAGUGAGUAAUGCUUCCCAUUUUCCAGCGAGAAGAUGGAUGAGAAGUCCAGCUACAGUCGCGUGCUGGUCGCGCUGCUCAUGCUGCUGCUGUUCGGCGUCAUUGUGCUGCAGUACGUGUGCCCAGGCUCCGAGUGCCAGCUGCUCCACUUGGGCUCGUUCUCCGAGCUGCGCGGCGGAAGCGACGGGCGUGACGGGGACCCGUAUGUGGCGGAGGACGGCGCUCUGGCGCGCUUCGUGCCGCGGUUCAAUUUCACGCCGCAGGACCUGGACCGCGUCGUCGACUUCAACAUCAAGGGCGACGACGUGAUCGUGUUCCUGCACAUCCAGAAGACCGGGGGCACCACAUUCGGCCGCCACCUCGUCCGCAACAUUCAGCUCGAGCGGCCGUGCGAGUGUCACGUCGGCCAGAAGAAGUGCACGUGCUACCGGCCCGGGAAGAAAGAAACGUGGCUGUUCUCGCGCUUUUCCACCGGCUGGAGCUGCGGACUGCACGCCGACUGGACCGAGCUGACCAACUGCGUCCCGAACAAGAUGAACAGCCGAGAGGCUCCUCAAAUCCGCAGGAACACCAGGAACUACUACUACAUCACGAUUCUGCGGGACCCGGUGUCGCGCUACCUAAGCGAGUGGCGUCACGUGCAGCGCGGUGCCACGUGGAAGGCCUCACUGCAUGUGUGUGAUGGACGGGCGCCUACUCUGGCGGAGCUUCCCAGCUGCUAUACGGGUGAUGACUGGUCAGGCUGUUCUCUCGCCGAGUUCAUGGCAUGCCCCUACAAUUUGGCCAACAAUCGUCAGACUCGCAUGCUAGCCGACCUAAGCCUCGUGGGCUGCUACAACGCGUCGAUCAUGAGCGAGCAGCAGCGUGGCUCCGUGUUACUAGAAAGCGCCAAGCGUAACCUCAGACGCAUGGCUUUCUAUGGACUGACCGAGUACCAGCGCAAGACGCAGUACUUGUUUGAGCGUACCUUCCGCCUGGCCUUCAUCGCACCCUUCACGCAGCUCAAUGGCACACGUGCCGCCAGCGUUGACGUCCCUUCCGAGACACAACAGCGCAUUCGUGAACUCAACGCCUGGGACGUGGAGCUGUACGAGUACGCACGUGACCUCUUCCUGCAGCGCUUUCAGUACGCACGGCAGAAGGAGCGACGCCAGGCUCGCCAACGACGCCAGCAGGAGAGGCGUAGGCUGCGUGCCAAGGUGCCACACUGGACAGGGGGGGAGGCGACUAAACCCACCAGAACCCCACCACAAACGAGGCAGACUUUAGCUACCAGGUUUGCUGAGCCAAAGCAGGAUGAGACAGGGAAAACUCUGGAAGAAGAUAUAGGACUGGAAUCUGAAGACCCAUGGUGGGAGGACGAUGACGAGAAUGAAACCAUAGAGGACUAUUUGGACAACGUGGAGCAAUGGUGAUUUUUCCAAAAGGCAUUAAAAGCAACAGAAAUGAGUGGAAGUUGCCGAACAGUGCAUUUUCUACUUAUUUAAACAACAAAACACUGAUUUUAUGCUCUAGAUUAGCACAUAGAGAAAAAAAGUGCAUUUGUUUGUGUUGGAUAGACUCGAAUAGGAACACUAAGGAGUAAUUUGUGCUGGUGUCUGCCUUUUUUAAUGUCGCACAAAAUCCAUGCGCACUGCAAUCCUCCCUACGUACCAGUGUACCUUAAAGUCCUUAACUGAAUUUAUGUUGUUGAAAAUGCUAUCGAAUCAAAGAGGUUUUUUUUUCUUUAUGGUUAUUAUUUUUUUUUUAUUAAUUAUUUGAAUUUUCACUACGACAUUUGAUUGUAGGUGGCGGUGUGAUAUUUUCUAGCAUUCUUACUGUACUGAUUAUGUAGCCUCUGGCUUCAAUAUAAAAUCUUGUAGCAAAUCACAUUAUUUGUAACUCUUAACAUAAGCUAUAUUAUGGAUUGUAUGAAAAGGUAUGUGUGUGAAUAUGCUGGUAAUCGAAUGCAAUUUGUUGCUACUCAAAUAAAUUUUGAUAUUAAUUGUAACA